CCGCUCUAAAGCUUCAUCUCCUGGUGUACACGGCUCCCAUGCACUCUACUGCAGCCUCUGGCGACGGCGAUAAGGCUGGAGGGGGGGGGCAUAUAAACCCAGGAGGCUUUCAGGUGACCUGCAGCUGGUUGGCGAGAGGAGGCUGCAGAGAGGAAGAGGAUGAAGAGGAGUAGGACCUGUGCGGUUCCACGAGCUCAUUGAGAGGCCUUCGCUCUGCUGCCUUUUGAUUUGGAAGGAAUAAAGGGGACUUUGCUUAAAGAGGCCCAGCGGGAGUUCAUCACUUCAGCGUUUCUUAUUCGCCUCCGUGGGAGUAAAUCAUGGCCGUGCACUAAACACAGAAAAACGCCGUUCGUCCCUUUGACCGUUGGCUCGCACGCCGCCCCUCCCCCCGGGGUUUGGCCCUCGGCCAUGGAGAAGACGUACUCACUGACUGCCCACUACGAUGAGUUCCAGGAGGUGAAAUACGGCGGUCGCUACAGCAGCGACAUCCUCAGCAACGGCAUGACCCUCCACCUGGGGGGCAGCCUGGACCGCCACGCGGUGCGCAGCGGCGGCGGUGGCGGCCGCGGUGGGACAAUCUCCAACGGCCGAAACCGAGACCCGAGCGGUGGCGGCGGCGGCGGUGGGGGGAGGUUGGGUCGGGGGCUUCCCCGGUGGAGCCGGAGGGAGAUCUGCCUCCUCUCGGCGCUGGUCUUCGCGGCGGGCAUGUGCGUCAUCCUCGGCAGCAUGCUGGCCCUCAAGUACAUCUCGCUGGAGGCGCAGCAGGACCCGCAGUGCCAGCAGGACUGCCAGCGCCGGCGCACGCUGCUGCGGGCGGCGCGCUUCGUGCAGGCCAACAUCGACCCCACCAUCCAGCCCUGCCAGGACUUCUACUCCUUCGCCUGCGGCGGCUGGCUGAGGCGCCACGGCAUCCCCGAGGACAAGCUCAGCUACGGCAUCAUCACCGCCAUCGGGGAGCACAACGAGGAGAAGCUGCAGCGCCUCCUGCUGGAGCCUGUGCGGCGCGGCGGCGCGGACUCGGCGGAGCGCAAGGUCAAGGAGUUCUACCGCUCCUGCGUGAACAUCCGGGACAUCGACCGGCUGGGCUCCGACCCCAUGACGGAGGUGAUAGACGGCUGCGGGGGGUGGGACCUGGCGGGGGCUCCCCCGGGGGCGGCCGGGUGGGAGCGGGAGGGCGCCCCGCAGAGGCCGGACUUCAACGAGCUCCUGUACAAGACGCAGGGCGUCUACAGCACCGCCGUCUUCUUCUCCCUCACCGUCAACGUGGACGACAAAAACUCCUCCAGGAACGCCAUCAGGAUCGAUCAGGAGGGGCUGACGCUGCCCGAGAGGAGCCUCUACCUGGGACAGGACGAGGACAGUCUGAAGAUCCUGGCGGCGUACAAAGCGCUGAUGGAGCGCCUGCUGAGCAUGCUGGGAGCUCACAACGCCACGCAGAAGUCCAAGGAGAUCAUACAGCGGGAGACGCGUCUGGCCAAUAUCACUGUGUCAGAAUAUGACGACCAAAGAAAGGACAUCAGCACCAUGUAUAACCGCGUCACCCUCCGGCAGUUACAGCGCAUCGCUCCCAGUCUUCACUGGAAACGCCUGCUGGACCGAAUCUUCUACGACAACUUCUCAGAAGACGAGGAGAUCGUGGUGCUCGCCACCGACUACAUCCAGCAGGUCUCUGACAUCAUCAAGACCACCUCCAAGAGGGUCCUGCACAACUACAUGCUGUGGCGCGUGGUGGCGGCGCUGAGCGAGCACCUCUCCACCGCCUUCCGCAGCUCCAUCUACGAGUUCUCGCGGGAGAUCGACGGCACCGAGCAGCGCCUGGAGCUCAGCCGGCUGUGCCUCACUCAGACCAACAAGCACUUCGGCAUGGCCCUGGGGGCCCUGUUCGUCCAGCAGCACUUCUCCACGCACAGCAAGGCCAAGGUGCAGGAGCUGGUGGAGGACAUCAAGCACUCGUUGGACCUGCGGCUGCAGGACCUGGACUGGAUGGACGAAGCCACCAGGGAGGCUGCCAGGGCAAAGCUGAAGCACAUGAUGGUGAUGACGGGAUACCCGGACUUCAUACUCAAACCCGAGCUCAUAGAUAAAGAAUACGGGUUCGACGUGGACGAGAAGACGUACUUCAAGAACAUCCUCAACAGCAUCAACUUCAACAUCAAGCUGUCGGUCAAGAAGAUCCGGGAGGAAGUGGACAAGACGGCGUGGCUCCUCCCCCCUCAGGCCCUCAACGCCUACUACCUCCCGAACAAGAACCAAAUGGUCUUUCCUGCCGGCAUCCUGCAGCCCACGCUCUACAACCCGGAGUUCCCGCAGUCCCUGAACUAUGGAGGAAUCGGAGCGAUCAUUGGCCACGAGCUGACGCACGGAUAUGACGACUGGGGGGGGCAGUACGACCGGCACGGCAACCUGCGGCAGUGGUGGACGGAGGAGUCCUACAGAAAGUUCCAGAAGAAGGCCGAAUGCAUCGUCAAGCUCUACGACAACUUCACCGUUUACAACCAGAGGGUGAACGGCCGUCUGACGCUGGGGGAGAACAUAGCGGACAUGGGAGGCCUCAAACUGUCGUACUACGCGUACCAGAAGUGGGUGAGGGAACACGGGCCGGAGAGGCCGCUGCCGGGCCUCAAAUACACGCACGAGCAGCUCGUCUUCAUCGCCUUCGCACAGGUACCGGAGCGCCGCCGCCGCCUCUCGUCCCUUUUUGCGUGUUGAGUCCUUUUAAAGCGGCGGGCAGGCGGGAGUCAUG